GGCCUUCUUUUCCCAAUGUAUUAUAAGAGCGUGGAUAGUUACAGAGCUGUUGAGACCGUCUGCAGCACCAUGGUUCAUCACGCUGUCUGCACGCUGCUGCUCACCUGCCUGGCAGGUUUUUCUGCCAGUGACACUGAGCUGGGUGGAGCCGUGGAGGAGACCUCAUACGGGCCGUCCUCAGUGGGGAUCAGUGGGGUCGACGUAGUGACAGUGGGGAUCCCGUAUGGUUUCGAGUGCUAUGCUGACUGCUACCCUACCUGCCAGUACACCUGGACGAGGGGUAAUGUGACCACUCAGGGCCCCGAGCUGGACCUGCAGCUCCUGCACAUAAUGCCACCACAGACCCUGACCUGCACGGUGGUCAACCCUGCGUCCGGGAAGUCAGCCUCCGUCCACAAGACGCUGCGAGUGACUGCCGGUCCAUCAAACCUGCAGAUCAGCGGUCCAGCCUUUCUGACUUCAGGGACUGGAGCCAACUUUACCUGCUCAGCUUACUGCUACCCGUCCUGCAGCUACUCGUGGUCUGUGGUCUUGGACGAGGAGACGUACAGUACGGCACAAGGCAACACGAUAUCUGUCACACCGCCGACCACAACUGUCACCUCGGAGACCCUGAUCUGCCAGGCUCAGGACACCGUCUCACACCUCUUCGCCUCCACGUCUCUGUUUCUGUGGGUGGCAAGUUCAUCGGACAUCAUCAUCACUGGUGACAGUGCAGUGGUAAUGGGACAACAGUACUCGUACAUAUGCUCUGCCACAUGCAUCCCAUCCUGUCGGUUCACUUGGAGGUACAAUGGGAAGACUUUCAUGGGUGACGAAAUCCAGAUACCCAUUUUACACCAGGGGCAGAUGCCAAAGUAUGCCAAUCACCUGGAGAUCACUUUCAGUGACUACUCGAAAAAUGAGCCUCUGACCUGUGAGGCAACAAACACUAUAUCUCAAGCCGUUAUCAGCACCACUAUGACCCUCACUGUUGAAGAUCCAUUCACAGUGAGCCCCGCCUCUCAGGCCCAGCCGGUGUCAGGCAAGUCUUUCUCUCUGCAGUGUGUCGGCUCUCAGAACCCGGCGUCCAUUACGUGGCUGAAGGAUGAAGGCCCGAUGCCUGCGUCUGAAAGAGUGCAUUUCUCCCCCGGAAACGUCACGAUGACCUUCAGUCCUGUCCUGCAGGCAGAUGAUGGUUUAUACCAGUGUGUGGUCACAGAGGGGCAGACCCCCAUCCAGUCUAUUGGCUACAAGAUGCAAGUAAACUACGGGCCGUCUUCAGUAACGAUCAGUGGUGUCGACGUAGUAACUGUGGGAGUGCUGUACAGUUUCCAGUGCUCAGCCAGCUGCUACCCAACCUGCCAGUUCACCUGGACCAGAGGGAAUGUGACCUCUCAGGGCUCGGAGCUGAGCUUGCAGCUUAAAGAGCUACAGCCAACCCAAAACCUGAGCUGCACGGCGUUUAAUCCCACCACAGGAAUAUCAGUCACUGUCCAAAAGACGCUGCGAAUGACUGCUGGGCCAUCAAACAUACAGAUCAGCGGUCCAGCCUUUCUGGAAGCAGGAGUGGCAUCCAUCUUUACCUGCUCAGCUUACUGCUACCCCUCCUGCAGCUACUCAUGGACUGUUGUCUUGGAUAAGGACACGUACAGUACCGCACAAGGCAACACAAUAUCUGUCACUCCACCUGCUACUGCCGUUUCCUCCGAAACGCUGAUCUGUGAGGCUUGGGACACCGUCCCUCACCUCAACGUCUCCAAGUCUCUGCUUGUGCAGGUGGCAAGUUUAUCUGACAUCAUCAUCACUGGUGACAGUGCAGUAGUAAUGGGCAAACAGUACAAGUUCACAUGCUCUGCCACAUGCAACCCAUCCUGUGAAUUCACCUGGAAGUACAUGGGGAGGAUUGUCCGGGAGGAGGUGGCAAACUCUGACAGCUACCUGGAGAUCACUUUCAGUGACUACUCCAAAACUGAGUCUCUGACCUGUGAGGUCACCAACACGUUGUCUAACGCCACUAUCACCACCACUAAGAACCUCACUGUCAUCGAUCCAUUCUCAGUGCGUCCCAGCUCUCAGGCCCCACCUGUUGCAGGGGAACCUUUCUCUCUGCAGUGUGUUGGCACUCAGGACCCAGCCUCCAUCACGUGGCUCAAGAACAAUCAGCAAAUCCUUGCAUCUGAAAGAGUGCACUUCUCUGCCGACAACGCCACAGUGACCUUCAGUCCUGUCUUGCAAGCAGACGGCGGGUUAUACCAAUGUUUAGUAGUAGAGGGAGGCAACCAGACGCUCUACUACGACUCAGUGGAAAUAGUGGAGGAGGGCGGGGCCCCCAUCCUGUCGGUUGGCUAUGUGAUGCAAGUUAACUACGGUCCAGGUGAGGUGCUUAUUGUGAAACCCAACAAAGAGCCCGUAGGCCAGGAGAUGUUCACCAUGGACGGAUCCACGACAGAGCUGCAGUGUUUGACCGACUGCUUCCCCGUCUGCUCCACCACCUGGUUCUACCGCGGCGGGCUGCUUUCUAGGAACGCCUCCAUAUCGUUCACACCUGUGACGCCUCCAUAUGAGACUGCCCUCACCUGUGUGGCCUUCAACUCGGUGACAAAGAGAAACCGAACGGCUGCGACCACGGUGGUGGUGCCAGACGGACCGAAGGCUGUGAUCAUUUCGGGACCAGGCAGCCUUGAAGUAGGGGUCCCAGCGAGCUUCACGUGCUCGGCCGAGUGCACUCCGUCGUGCAGCUUCACGUGGACCUUGUACGGGAAAACGGUGACGGGGAGCGGCAUCGACAUCACCGUGAACCGCUACGUUUCCCAAGAGUCCAUCAGCUGCCAGGCCGAGAACACGUACACCGGGAAGAUGGCGACGUUCAACGAGACGCUCAGUGUCUCAGAUCCUCACUGGUGCGGAUGUUAAGAACUGCAUUCCCCUCUUCUUGCAAGUGCUCCAGUAAUCUUUUUUUUUUUUACAAAUGACUCUGCGUGCGUGGAUGUGUUUGCUUGGGCUUUGUGUUGCCGACUGUGAUGGACUGGUGACCUGAAUAUAGGGUGUUUCCCUGCCUUUGAGCGCAGUGCACUCUGGGACAGGCUCCAACCUCUUCUUGACCCUGAACAAGAUUAGACAGGUAUAGAGAAAGGACUUUCUGGAUCGUGUGCUUGAGUAAUACGUUUCUGGGUGUUAUUUACACAGGGCUGAUCAUUUUCUUUGAUGGUGUAUUCCCACUUGUCUUGCCAAACAAUACACACUAUUAUACUUAAUAAACAAUGGACUGCUGUGGUUAAUA